AUGGGUCCGCCGCGUACCGCGGUUGGUGACUGUGUGGAUGCCGUCGCGCAGGACACCACACUACUGUCGGCUGCUGACCGCGAUCUUAUCAAUGGCUUCCAAGAUUCCCUGUCCGCAGAAGCGGCAAAAGGCCGAGACUGUGGGGGACUUCUGACGGUCAUACUUCGUCACUUGGGUCGUUUCAAGGAACAAGUUCAAUUCCAGAACGCUGAAAGUGAAGACGAUCAGCAAAACCAUACACCAGUUGCUUCGCCAUCUCUGCACGAUAUCUGGGGCCCAAUCAUAGCCGAGGCACACUCGAAUGGAGAAGACAGAGUCAGCAUUACUGGGCCCGGCCCGGAAGAUCGUUUUGAGGUGCCUGUUUGCAGCCCUGACGAUGCCUCGCGCAUGAUUGCAUUCGUUGCUGGCAUUGACGCUGUAGUGAGUGAUGACUGGCCAAAGGAGCUCGAAGAAGCACAGGAGUCCCUCAAGCAACCGGCUGAAACCACCGUCAACGAACACAUCAAACUUCUUCGGCAGUACAACAAGAUCAAAGAUGUUGGGCAACAACUUAUUGGACUAAACGCUGACAACCGCGGUGUCCCCAUCGGGUCGCUAUACAAGGACGACCACUAUGGACAUAUAUCUCCGACUUUGCAAUCCAAGAAGGCAUGCGACCAGGACCAGGCGCGAGCUGUCCCACUCGAUGUCUCAGUCCUGAAUCAGGCUUGCCUUCAGACUGGACAGCUGAUAUGCCUUCUUUACGCUGCCUUGGCGCAGGGUGUUGCAAAUUCCAAUGCUGCGCCUGGUAACGUGUCUUACGACUACAUAGUAGUCGGCGGAGGUGCCGGAGGUCUAGUCACCGCCGACAGGCUCUCCGAAGCAGGACACAGCGUCCUGCUGAUCGAGCGAGGUCCGCCAUCGUCAGGACGGUGGAUUCCCAAUGUGGAGACUGCUGCAAUGCCCUUUGGCAAUUGGCGACCAGAAUGGCUGAACGGCACGAACUUGACCCGCUUCGACGUCCCCGGGCUGGCUCAGUAUUUUUGGACGAGCAUGACCAAUAUCACCUGCAGCGAUCAAGCCGACAAUCCAGCUGGAUGUGUCCUUGGGGGCUCGACGGCUGUCAACUCGGCUUUAUGGUGGCGUCCGCCCGCAGCAGACUUUGACGAGAACGGAUACCCGGAUGGGUGGAAGUCUGCGGAUAUGGAAGCCGCCAUCGAGCGUGCUUUCACCCGUAUGCCGGCGACGGAUCGUCCGUCCCCAGACGGAGUUCUAUACAGCCCGGAAGGAUACAACCUGGUUUCCGCUGCUCUGGCAACAGCUGGCUGGAAUAAUGUGACAGCGAACGACGCGCCAGACGAGAAGAACGGAACGUUUAGCUAUGCCAACUAUCACUACAAGUACGGAUACCGUAACGGCCCGGUGGACACAUACCUAGAGACCGCUAGGUCGAGAGCCAACUUCGCCCUAUGGACAGACACCGGUGCACGUCGUGUGAUCCGGGACGGCAGCCGAAUUACGGGCGUGGAGCUGGAGUCGAACUCGCGUGGAAUCGGGGUUGUUAACGUCACUGCCCAUACAGGGCGGGUGGUCCUCUCUGCUGGAUAUUUUGGUUCACCAAAGAUCCUUUUCCGGAGUGGUAUCGGACCUGAGGAACAGCUGCAGGUAGUGGCUGACUCUGAGUCCGAUGGGCCGACGUUCAUCGAUAAGUCGCAGUGGCUACGACUGCCAGUUGGAGAGAACCUCAAAGAUCACCAGGUGACCGAUUUCCAGAUCUCGCACCCGUCUGUGAAGAACUACGACUGGUCAAAUCAAAUAUGGGCCAACCCUGUCCAGAGUGAUGUCGAGCAGUACUUGCAAAAUCGCAGUGGCAUGCUAGCCAGUCCGCCAAACAGCCAUGGCCCAAUGGCUUGGGAGGUCCUGAAUGGAUCUCAGUUCUCCGAUGGCACGUCGAGACAGAUACAGUGGACGACAAGGAUCCAGAAUCCUGGGCCUCCAUACAACCUCUUAACGUUGUCCCAAUUCCUGGGGCGUGGAUCGUCCUCCGUAGGUCGUCUCGCCAUCAACUCGAAUAUGACGAUAUCGUACGCCGAAAUCCCGUACUUCCAGACAGAUGACGAUAAGAAGGCCUGUGUCAUUGCUGGCGAGCACAUGGUAGCUGCUCUGAAUGCAAAUCCAGAGAUCAGCUUGGUGAAACCAGCUCCCAACCAGACCGUCGCGGAGUAUGUUAAUAGUGUUGCCAUCAGCAUUGCAUCACGCCGCGGAAUUCACCUCAUGGGCACUGCAAGAAUGGGGACGGAUAGCGGCCUAGACAACGCUCAAGGGCGAGCUGUUGUCGACGCUGACACACGGGUAUAUGGGACGAUCCUGUCAGUUGCAGAGAGGGCAGCGGAGAAGAUUCUUAGCCUCUCGAGCGGCUCGGAGGCAAAAUGA